CGCUCUGCGCAUGCGCUGACCGGCUGAACCAAAGGUAGAGAAAAGGAGGAUGGAGACUGUGUGCAUGAUUUAUCCGAAACGUCUAAAACUAACUGAAUGAUAUUAUUAUAGGAGUCUAGGGCUGCUCUAUGUAAGUGCUACAGUUGAUAUUUAUGCUUUAUAAAGCCGUUAUAGAUAUCUGGUUGCUGUGGAAACGAGGACUAUGACAUCUCAUCCUUUGUCUCUGAACGAGGAAAUACAAUAUAAGUUGCGUCCUGCUGAGGAAAAAUCUUUGCUUCUUUGACAUUUUUGAUCGUUGGAUUUUAUUUAUUUUAUUUUUUUUUUUUACAGAAGUACAUAGAAAUGUUAAUCGUGGAAAUAGAUUAAGCAUCCUCCGAGUUCAGGAUCUGCUAUAGAGGUGAUGCAAUGUGAUGAAAGCCAUCAGGAGUUAUCUGUGUAUCUUUAUGAUUCAGUAUUUGCUUUAAUUUGGUCAUUUUAAAAAUCUCCUGGACCAAUCAGUGCAUCGGGCCGAUCUGUAAACGGCUGCAGGCCAGGAUCUCCCUCUGUUUAUCAGUCAGUAGAUGCUCUUGUUGCUGACGCUCUUCCUGUUCAGGCUCCACCGACACCUCGGCCUCAUGUUCAGCUCAGACAGACUCACUGUCCCGGAAUAUGUCAGCCGGCUGCAGAGAGGGAGGAGCGGCUCUGAGCCCAAGCCGGUCUCCCCGGGGCUCAGCGCAGACGUCCAGGCGGUCCUGAAGGACUCCCUCCCCGCCCUGCGGGAAGCCAUCAGGAGCCUCAGGACAGCCAAAGAAAACUGCGACUCAGACGAGACCCGCAGGGCCGUCGCGGAGAUCUACCAGCUGGUGGAGGAAGCCUGGGUGCUGCCCACCGUGGGCCGUCAGGUGGCGGAGGAAAUCUGCAACAGGAUCCGGCUGGAUGGAGGCCUGGAGCUGCUGCUUCAGCUGCAGCAGACAUCAGCCUUGGAGAUCAUCUAUGAGUCUGCGAAGCUGCUGGAGCAGAUCCUGAUCUCAGAGAACAGGGACUAUGUUGCUCGCAUCGGUCUCGGGGUCAUCCUUAACCUGACUCGACAGCAGGACGAUGCCCAGCUGGCUCGCAGCGUCUCUGGCAUCCUGGAGCACAUGUUCAAACACAGUGAGGAGACAUCCGUCCAACUUAUCUCCAACGGCGCCCUGGACGCCCUCCUCUUCUGGUGCAGGGGCACGGACCCCACCGUGCUGCGGCAUUGUGCCGUGGCGCUGGCCAACUGCGCAAUGUACGGUGGCCACCGCUGUCAGCGAUGGAUGAUUGAGAAGCAGGCGGCCGAGUGGCUCUUCCCUCUGGCUUUUUCCAAAGAGGACGAGCUGAUCCGCUUCCACGCCUGCCUGGCUGUGACAGUGUUGGCAGCGAACAAAGAGAUCGAGAAAGAGGUGGUGAAGUCUGGAACCCUGGAGCUGGUGGAGCCUUUUAUCGCCUCUCUGGAUCCAGAUGAUUUCGCUCGCUCUUUGUUGGACAGUGCAGAUUGCAUGCAGGGAAAGACAGCAUCUGACCUCCAGCACCUCUUACCAUUACUAGAUGGAACGAGAGUGGAGGGAAAGUGUAUUGCUGCCUUUUAUCUUUGUGUUGAAACCAGUAUCAAGUCCCGCCAGCGCAACACCAAGAUAUUCCAAGAGAUUGGAGCUGUGCAGAGCCUCAAAAGAAUCGUCAUGUACUCCAGUAAUGGCACCGUCUCCAGUCUGGCCAAACGGGCGCUGAGUAUGAUGGGAGAGGAAGUCCCAAAACAGGUCUUGUCUUGUGUGCCCAACUGGAAGACCUUCGAGGUGCAGACAUGGCUGCAGCAGGUUGGCUUCAGUGCCUUCAGUGACCGUUUUCAGGAGCUUCAGGUGGAUGGAGAUCUGCUGCUGAACAUCACAGAUCAAGAACUAAGCUCUGAUCUCGGCAUGGCUGCAGGUCUCACCCGCAAAAGGUUUCUGAGAGACUUGCAUGUGCUGAAGACAUACGCCGACUACUCCACGUGCGACCCCAACAACAUGGCUGACUGGUUGGUUGAGGUGGAUCCCCGUUUUCGAAAGUACACCUAUGGCCUUGUCCAGUCAGGAGUGGACCGCAGCAACGUCCAGCUCCUUACUGACCAGCAGCUGCAGCACGACUGUCAGGUUGAGAAUGGAGUCCACCGAGCAAAGAUACUGUCGGCCGCCCGCAGGCCGCAAAAGCCGUGCCACACAGACGCCCAUCCUGCAGGACCCGACGUCUUUAUCAGCUACCGUCGGACCACCGGCUCCCAACUGGCCAGCCUUCUGAAGGUGCACCUACAGGUCAGAGGUUACAGCGUGUUUAUAGAUGUGGAGAAGCUGGAGGCUGGGAAAUUUGAAGACAAACUGAUUCAGAGCGUACAGAGGGCCCGCAACUUCAUCCUGGUCCUCUCAGCCAGCGCGCUCGAUAAGUGCAUGGGUGACACCGAUAUGAAGGACUGGGUGCAUAAGGAAAUAGUCACGGCUCUGGCUGGUAAGAAGAACAUUGUCCCUGUCGUCGACAACUUCCUGUGGCCAGACCCCACAUCUCUACCAGAGGAUAUGAGAGCUAUUCUCAACUUUAAUGGCAUAAAAUGGUCCCAUGAAUAUCAGGAGGCCACGAUCGAAAAGAUCAUCCGCUUUCUUAAAAGACCCCAUGAUGCAACUGACACCUCAGAUGAAUCCAAAGCGCAGAAGAAGAAAUGAACGGAUUCCAAGAAGCACUUCUAAGACUGUGACGCCAUCUUCCAGCGAACAGCUGUCAGACAGCUUUCCCUGCUCUGCCCAAUAGCAUGUGAAGUAUAAUGUGUAGUCUGCUUAAACAAACGCCCCUAUGACCAGAUUUAACUGUUAAACCAGGAGGCGAUUCAAAAAGGGAAUUGCAGACUGUAUGUAACUACGUUUAUGCCUUUAAUGUUACUCUUCACUAACUGCUGUAUUGGUAUAACCACGUUCAGUAUAUGCCUUUCUGAAUCUCAGGAAAACAAGUGAUAGACCAGCUUCACCCAGAGACAUCAUCAAUAACAGUUUCUGAAGGCUCCACCAAUCCUUCACUCCCUACGUUAUUACAUACUGCAAUAGUCCUUUCUGUAACGUGUAUAUACAAUAAUAAAUCAGCCUAGGCCUCUGAUAUGA